AUGGAGGAGAACAAGAAGUUGAAGAGUUAUUGUGUAACAGGAGGGACAGGCUUCAUUGGCUCAUGGCUCAUUAAAUCACUCCUUCAAAUGGGCUACAAAGUCCAUGCUGCUGUGCGCCAUCCUGAGAAGUCAUCACAUCUAUUGAAGUUAGCUGAGGGCAGUGAGAUGCUAAGAUUGUUCAAAGCUGAUUUAAGAAAAGAAGGAAGCUUUGAUGAAGCAAUGAGAGGUUGCAUUGGCCUAUUCCAUGUUGCUGCACCCAUGGAAUUCUGCCCACAAGCCACAGAAAACGUUGACAGCUAUGUUGAAGAAAAUAUGAUAGAGCCAGCAAUCGAGGGGACGUUGAAUGUUCUGAAAUCCUGCUUGAAAUCCAAUUCUGUAAAAAAAGUUGUUUUCACAUCAUCAAUCAGUACAAUCACAGCCAGAGACAACUUUGGGAAAUGGAGACCUUUUGUCGAUGAAUCUUGCAAAAUACCUAUCCAACAUGUUAAGAACACGAAACCAAGUGGUUGGGUUUAUGUACUACUAAAGGUUUUGACAGAGGAUGCAGCAUUUCAGUUUGCAAAAGAAAAUGGCAUUGAUUUGGUUUCAACAAUAACACCUACUAUAGCUGGUCCAUUCCUCACUCCAACAGUUCCAUCAAGCAUUCGAGUUCUCUUGUCACCAAUAACAGGUGAUCCUGAACUGUCAGCUAUACUGACAGCUGUGAACACAAGAAUGGGAUCAAUAGCAUUAGCUCAUAUAGAGGAUAUAUGUCGUGCCCACAUAUUCCUCAUGGAGAAUAUUAAAGCAGAAGGACGAUAUAUAUGUUGUGCUCGGAGUUGGGCAAUGUCUGAAGUUAUCGAUCACCUUAAAAAAGAGUAUCCUUACCCUGCUAUAGAGAGGCAAGAUCAUGACGGAGGACAUGAUUCAGUAAUCCCCUCAGAGAUUUCAUCAAAGAAAUUGAGAGCUCUGGGAUUUUCUUUCAAGUAUGAAAUCAAUGAUAUCUAUGUUCUUGGGGUUGGAUUAAAUGGCCCUGUAUAUUUGGCAACACAUUCUUCUGCCAACAAUUAUUCCCAAGCUGUAGCUGUCAAAUCUGCACAAAUUGGAUCGGAUGAGUACUCUGUGCUACGAGAAGAAGGAAAAAUUUUGAACCAAUUAAAAGGUUCGCCUUAUAUCGUUCGAUGUUUUGGGGAAGACGAGAGCGUCGAAUACGCAAAGCGGACGUAUAAUCUCUUGCUUGAAUGCGCCACUAGUGGCACUUUACUAGAUUUCAUACUUUUUAAUGGAAAAAUUUCAGAACAAAUGGCAGCACUCUAUGCUUAUCAACUCUUGAAGGGUAUCGGUCACAUUCAUAAGAAAGGUUAUAUCCACGGGGAUAUAAAAUUGACCAAUAUACUUAUUUAUCCGAACAAUAAGUUGGUAAAAAUUGCUGAUUUUGGAUCUGCCAAAGAAGAAACAAGUUGCAAGCAUCAGAUUUUUGAUAUUUGUUCUGUAGGGUGCGUUGUCGCAAAGAUUCUCACCGGGAAGCCCACGUGGUAUGUGGGACAGAUUAACAAAUAUAAACGUCAGAUAUGUGGUCUUGAUAAGCCUGAUGAAGUGCUUAUAGACACUGAUGUUUCUAACAUGGCUAAAGGUUUUGUGACGGAAUGUUUGUUUUGUGAUUUUACAGGUAGAUUAUUGAGUGUUGAUGAACUAAUUAAUCAUCCUUUUAUUCAGAAUGCAGUUAGUACUCCUGAGAAUGAAGAACACUUGAUUAGACUCUCUAGUACUGUUAAUGAUAAUCUUUUUGGUGAUAAUUGGAUUUCAGAGCGUGAUUUGUUUACUACAACUUCUGAGGAAUGGAAAACCAAAAUAAGGAGAUCAAUCAAUAAUCCAACAAAAGAAAGACACACUUGA